GUCUUGAACGUUCGACAGUACCACCACUAUGUCCGACGAUGCAAUUCCCCAGGAUGAGCGAAUACGCGAUAGGACCCGUCGUUUUGAAGAAUUUCUCAAUUCAGACUCUUCUGACCUGUAUAACUACAAGGAGGAUAUCGCUCGCAUGCUUCGCAAAGACGAAAAUCGCCUCAUCGUCAACAUUGACGACCUUCGUGAUUACGAUCGCGAAUUAGCAGACGGACUUCUCAAGAAACCUUCCGAUUUCUUUCCUUCGGUGGAGGAGGCCUUGAAAACCAUUAUGGAGAACGUGAAAGACAGCACAAAACACGAUACUGAACACAAAGCUUACCACGUUGGGUUCAGUGGUUCGUUUGGCGACCACCAUGUCAGUCCCAGGACACUACACUCCGAGCAAUUGGGGAAAAUGAUCUCUUUGGAAGGCAUCAUUACCCGUUGCUCCCUUGUUCGCCCCAAAAUGUUGAAAUCCGUUCAUUACUGCCCCGAGACGCGACUUUUUCACCAGCAUGAAUGCCGAGACGCGACUUCAGUCAACUCCAAUCUUCCCCCAACGACAUCAAUCACCCCGCAGACUGACGACGAGGGCCGAAAACUACAAAUGGAAUACGGUCAGUGUCACUUCCGGGACCAUCAAAGAAUUAGUAUACAAGAAAUGCCCGAGCGUUCGCCCCCAGGCCAACUCCCGCGUAGCACAGACGUCAUCUUGGACGAUGAUCUCGUUGAUAAAUGCAAGCCAGGAGAUCGUAUACAGCUGGUCGGUGUUUAUCGAAGCGUUGGCGGUGGAUCUAACGGAGCUUUCAAGUCCUUGAUACUAGCAAAUAAUAUAAUUCUAUUAUCUUCAAAACUCGGUGGAGGCAUCGCUCAGACGCAGCUCACGGAUACCGAUAUCAGAAUGAUCAAUCAGCUUUCCAAAAAGUCGAACAUCUUCAACCUCCUUUCUGAAUCUCUUGCGCCAUCGAUCUUCGGUCACGAAUACAUAAAAAAGGCCGUCCUUUUACUGUUACUGGGAGGUGCAGAGAAAAAUCUCGCCAACGGUACGCAUAUCCGAGGGGACAUAAACCUAUUAAUGGUUGGCGACCCCUCUACAGCCAAAUCGCAGAUUUUGCGGUUCAUUCUUGGAACAGCACCUCUAGCUAUUGCAACGACCGGACGUGGAAGUUCGGGCGUUGGCCUGACCGCUGCAGUAACAAGCGAUCGCGAGACCGGAGAAAGGCGUCUGGAAGCUGGUGCAAUGGUUCUUGCCGACAGAGGUGUAGUUUGUAUUGACGAGUUCGACAAAAUGUCCGAUAUAGACCGUGUUGCUAUCCAUGAAGUUAUGGAACAACAGACGGUGACAAUCGCCAAGGCCGGCAUCCAUACGAGUCUGAAUGCCCGCUGCAGUGUUGUCGCUGCAGCAAAUCCAAUCUACGGUCAGUAUGACAUUCACAAAGACCCGCAUCGGAAUAUUGCCCUACCUGAUUCAUUACUAUCUCGGUUCGACUUGUUAUUUGUGGUGACCGACGACGUGGAAGCAACACGUGAUCGACAAAUUGCAGACCACGUAUUGCGUAUGCACCGCUACCUUCCUCCCGGUCUCGAAGAAGGAACGCCUAUUCAUGACAAUCUGUCUCAACCACUUUCGGUAGAAGGGCCUGGUACAGCGCCUGCAGAUGCCGAUGUGAAUGCCAGUCCUUAUGAAAAGUUCGAUCCUCUACUUCAUAUGGGUGUUGGCUCCACAUCAGGUCCACAGACACGCAGUAAAAGUAAAGAUCCCAAAAAGAAGAUUCUCAGUAUAGCAUUUGCAAAAAAAUACAUACAAUACGCCAAGAGUAAAUCUCCGCCAAUGCUAACGAAAGGUGCGGCGGACAACAUCGUUCAAGUGUAUGCAAAUCUCCGAAACGAGGACAUGGAGGCCAAUCAGAGAAAGGUGCAAUAUGCUUCUUUCCUUGAAGAUUUCCACUACUAGACCUUGGAAUUGCAGACUUCGCCAUUGACAGCUCGUACUUUGGAAACAUUGAUACGUCUUGCAACUGCUCACGCAAAAGCCAGACUUUCCUCAAAAGUCGAGGAACGGGACGCCAACCUAGCCGAAGAAAUCAUGAGAUUUGCUCUGUUCAAGGAAGUCCCCAAACGUAAACGCCGUCACAAAAAACGUAAGCUUAACACUGGUGGAACUGCUCGGAGUGCAGACACUGAGGGAAGCUACGACGAAGACUCUGACGAGGGGUCUGGAGAAGAGGAUGAACCUGAGACCAGUCGAAUGCCUGGCCCUAGCGCCGGGACUCGUCGACCGUCUGCUAUGCCAGAAGAGCGGGAUCCUGUAUGGGGUGACGUGAGUCAAGAUGUGGACAUGUUGCCCACCAUUGCUGCACCUGCGGCGGAUGGAACUAUCUCCCCGGAACGACUCGAGCUGUUCCGCGCAAGGUUCUUAAAUGCCUUCAAGAAUACCUUACAAGACGGAGAAUUCGCACCAUUACCGGUUCUGGUCGAAGCCGUGAACGAGGGUUUAGGAAUAAACCAACUCUUUGGAACUGCUGAGGCUACCUUGGCGUGUCAGGCUAUGCAGGAUGCAGACCAGUGUAUGAUCAGCGAUAACAUUGUAUAUCGGGUGUAGUCCAAAUC